GUCAGCACGCAUCACAAACAGCACACUAGCCAGCACAGGGCCACAAUGCCCUGGUCUUCUCCUUUGACUCCUUUGGAUCCUGCUUAAUGGUGAUGUUUCAGUGGAGCUGUUGGUUAGGCAUGAUUCGCUCCCUUCAACGGCACAGCCGUCGAUAAGCUUGUUGCAAAUGUGUCUCUGGAAUGCGAGGGCUGGGAAGAAUGCGCGCCCACGACAACAAUGCAAAGAAACAGCCUGGCUCUUGGGGUCCAGGCACACACACAGUUCUCGCAGCAGUCAGUCUCGAGGCAUGAUCUAUGAGAAAGAUCUGUGCGAUUGCCCUCAUGCCAAAUUUUCUAAAAUUAUCCUGCCCUAUACACGUAACGGAUCUCCACUAGCGGAGGGAAGAACUAAUUCUCGCCUUAGACCGUCAUGGCUUGCAGACUUUGCCCUGUCAAGAAGUGAUUUGGAAUUAUUUAGAAAGGUACUCAAUGAGAAUCAGCCUCUAGGAGGCACGAACCAACUGUGCCAUGGUGUGAUCCGUUCUUUGUUCUCUGCGGAAAAGCAACUCAUGUGGUUGGCAAGCCCACUAAGUAUGAUCCGUAGAAGGAAUCUCGUGCCCAGAGUUAGGGUGUUCAUCCCCAGCCAGUUUCUUUGUUCUCCAAAGUCUUCUUUGUGCCCCAUAGCCAUGUGGUAAACUGGGAAGCUCCCUGCUACUAGGACGCACAUGAUGCUCAGGCUUCGGGGAGCCAGAUCUUGCACCUAGGGACCAUCAAGCUCGAAGGAGAGAGGGCU